CAAAUAUGAUACGUUCAAGCCUCUUACUUCAAACCCGGUUCAAUGCCACAAGUCCAACUGUACACUACUAGCAAAAAUUUUUACUGUUCUUCUCAGAAAUGUAUGGUUCAAUUUUUAUCCCAGUACUGCAGUACAAGUAUUUCUAGUAGCGACAUCUCACGGCGUGGAAGAAGACGGCAAAUAUUCCCUGCUGUUAGAGGUAAAAUGAGGCGAAGAAGUAAAAAAGACAUGACUGUGGGAGAGGGUUCGCCGAUUCCACUGAAACCGACACUAGCUAGAACUAUGUCAGCUAAACGUCGCCGCCAGAGGCCGACUAAAACGCCUCACGCUGACCAGGUUCUGGGAGCUCUGUGGAAGAUGGCGGAACCUCGGCAGAGCGUAUGGAAUCGAGUAGAAGCGGAAGACGAUUCUGAAAUAGAGGAGGUGGAAGAGCUGGAGUCUUGUCUAACG